AUGAACAUAAAUGAAUUCCGUCAGUAUGGUGAACAGAUGAUUGAUUUGGUAGUGAAUUAUUGGGAAACACUUCGUAAUAGAGUUCCGUUACCGGAUGUGAAACCUGAAUUCAUGAAUGAAUUGGUACCGCAAGAUCCACCUGUUAUGGGUGAGUUAUGGGAGAAAAUUUUUAACGAUAUCGAUAAAGUUAUUAUUAAUGCUAACACCCAUUGGCAACAUCCUAAUUUUUUUGCCUAUUUCCCAACCGGUAUUUCUUAUCAGUCUAUCAUGGGUGAUAUUCUCAGUGGUGGAUUAGCAAGUAUUGGAUUUAGUUGGCAAUCAUCGCCUUCCAUGACGGAACUUGAAAUUUUAAUGAUGAAUUGGUUAGCUAAAGCAUUAGGACUACCGGUAGAAUUCCUGAAUAGCAAAACUGGAUGUGGCAUUGGUAUUAUUCAAAACACUGCCAGUGAUGCAACUUACAUAGCAAUAUUGGCAGCCAGAGGACGAGUUAUAGAGCGUAUCAAAACAUCUGAAGGUAUCAUCAACCAAGGAUUGGAGGUAAUUUCCGAUGACUCCGGUGAAUUAUGCUACUAUCCAUAUCACGAUGCAACUAUUAUAACCAAAUUAGUUGCUUACUGCUCGGAUCAAGCGCAUUCAUCGGUAGAAAAAGGUGUUAUGUUGGCAGGUAUGCGUUUAAGAAAACUCAAAACUGUACGUGGCGGACCUUUUGAUAAUUUUUUUGUCACUGCAAAAAUUCUUGAAGAAGCAAUAAUGAUAGAUCGAAAGAAUGGUUUAGUGCCAUUUAUAUUCAUCAUGACAUUGGGUACAACAUCAACUUGUGGAGUGGAUCCGGUGGAUGAACUUGGACCAAUAUGAGCAUUUUUACUUUGUCCCGAAUAUCGUUAUUUAUCUCGUGGAUUUGAAUAUAUUGAUUCAUUCAAUGUAAAUGCUCAUAAAGCAUUACCAAUAAAUUUCGACUGCUCUCCAAUGUGGUUUAGAAAUGGAAGACAAAUAGUGAAAUAUUUUUCAGUAAAUCCAAUUUAUCUAAAGCAUGAUCAAAAUUGUGCAAUCGAUUAUCGGCAUUUCCAAAUAGCUCUUGGAAGAAGAUUUCGAUCGUUGAAAAUAUGGUUUGUAUUGCGAAAUUUUGGCAUUACUGGCCUACAAGAGCACUUGAGAAAGAUGGUUGAGCUGGCGAAGAACUUUGAAGCGCUCAUCCAAAAGGAUAGCUUAUUUGAGCUUUUCGUACCGCGAACAUGGGGACUGGUAUGCUUCCGUUUAAAGGACUCGACAAAUGAGAUGAAUGAGGAGCUCGUUCGAAGAAUCAACAAGGAUCGCCGUAUCCAUAUAUUAGCUUCCGCUGUUCACGAAGUUUACUUCUUGCGUUUAGCAGUGUGCAGCAUGUUCACUACAUAUGAGGAUAUAAGUCAAGCACAUACGAUCAUCCACAACUUUGCUGAAGAUAUACGAAGAGAUAUGAAACAAUAA